GCUUAUCCCCGCGCUUCACACCUGUGUUUGUUUUUGGAGCCCAGUAGGGUGCGCUGUGACGCUAAUUAGUACCUCGCUGCCGGUGCCCUUCCAUUUCCAAAUUGCCCGUCGUUGGUGUGGGGCCUUGGGAAAGAGUCAUCUGAAUUGUAGGUUACUUUCCUGGUCUGUCAGCGAGAGGGGGACAAGACUUGGUUUAUUCCGACCCAGUUGGUCCUUACUCCGCGCCCCUGUGGGACACUCAGACUUAUUGGACACCCCAGGGAUCUCCUCUUCCUGUACCUGUGUGGUUUGAAUGAACAGGGAAUCUGCUGUAAGUCCUGUAUCAUUUGCCUCGCCAUGAAUGAACAUCCAAAGAAAAGGAAAAGGAAGACUUCUUUCCCAUCACGAUAUGCUGGGCAGGGUACCGCUGCUUCUUCUCCUGAUGUUACUGGGCCAGUGAAAACUACAGAAAACAAUGGAAUAUUCUUUGAUCACUGCUACAGUGUCUGUCCAAUUGUACAAGUGGAUCCCAAACCUACAGAAAUUGAAGAGGAACUUGGUGCUAAUGUAGACCACACAGAAGUUUGUGAUUCCCCAACAAUAAUUCCUCAGCCAGUUCAUGAAGAUGUCAUAGUAGAGGUUCUCACAGAAGAGGCAGAGAGUGUUCCGUCGCCUGCUAUUGAAGAAGAAAUAAAAGACAUCCCGCUUCAGAUUAAUGAAAGCCCAGAAAACAGUCCAUCUUCUAAUCUGACCACUCCACAAAAGUGGCCAUUACUAAGGGCCAACAGUAGUGGCCUAUUUCGAUGUGAGCAGUGUGAUUACAACAGCAAGUACUUCUCUGACCUAAAGCAGCACAUGGUUCUGAAACACAAGUGUGCCGAGUCUCACAUCUGCAAGGUGUGCAAACAAACCUUCUCGAGUGAUGAAUUACUGCUAGAACAUGGCAAAUUGCACGAGGAGGAUCAGCUAGUCUGUAAACAGUGCGAAUACAAGACCAGUUCCUUUGAAAGCCUGAAUCAGCACGUGGCAGAUGCUCACUUCAAUGACUUCCUAUACUGGUGUGAGCAGUGUGACUUGCAGUUUUGUACAAGCAGUGAACUCUACCUUCACUUUCAAGAGCACAGCUGUGACGAACAAUACUUGUGUCAGUUCUGUGAGCAUGAGACCAAUGAUCCAGAAGAUCUGCACAGCCAUGUUGUAAAUGAACACACGUGCCGGCUAAUAGAACUGAGCGACGCCUGUAACAAUGGAGAACAUGGGCAGUUCAGCCUUUUUAACAAAAUUAGCUUUGAUAAAUCCAAAAACUUUUUCGUUUGCCAGGUGUGUGGCUUCAGCAGCCGGCUCCAUACUAACGUGAAUAGGCAUGUAGCAAUUGAGCACACGCGAUUUUAUCCACAUGUUUGCGAUGAUUGUGGGAAAGGCUUUUCUGGCAUGUUAGAAUACAGUAAGCAUUUAAAUUUGCAUUCUUCUGAAGGUGUCUAUUUGUGCCAGUAUUGUGAAUAUUCCACUGGUCAGCUGGAUGAUCUGAAAACUCACUUAGAUUUCAGGCAUUCUACAGAUAUGCCCCAUAAAUGCAGACAAUGCCUACUGAGGUUUGGAUCAGAAGAAAAACUUAAAAGCCAUCUUCAGUCACAUGAAAAAGCUUAAUUGUGAAAGUGAGAAUAAAGUCACUUGAUGGAACAGCUGCCCCAAAGUAAAUUGUUUCAGCUAAUAGCUAAUGAUGCGUUGUGCACAUUUACAUAUAUUUAAAGGACCUGUAACGUCCUUUUAAUAAUUAGUUUGUAUAGAACGAAAAAAAACCACCAAGCCAUAUGUAACUUUAAAAUCGCAAAGUCUUAUUAAAAAAUAAGUUACUGAAAUUCCUCUGGUGCUCCUCUUCAGAAAAGCAGACGGCGAGGAUCCAUUGUGUGGUGCUUGAUUUCUCCUCCCUGGCUAUCUCCUAUAGAAGCAUACAUAUUCUUCGGCACACCACUUACUUUUCCUUUU